AUGACGUCUCCAGAAACCAAGGCAAGCGAGACGCGGCAACAUGUCGAGUCCGUGGCCCAGGCCGCUGUCGACGUCCUCCGUGACCAUCGUGGCGUGGCUGCGCUCGAAGUUGUCCGCCGUCUCGAGCCCGUCGACAAGACGAGCAAGCGCAUGAUCCAGCUGUAUGCCAUUUGCGCUGUCAUGUUCCUGGGCUCAACCACGGGCGGUUUCGACGGCUCGCUGAUGGGCAACCUGCUCGACAUGCCGUCCUUCCAGCAGCAGUUUGGCGCCUCCAUCCUCGGCAUCAAGGCCGGUCUCAUUUCCAGCAUGUACUCCAUUGGUUCCGUGUCCGCCCUUCCCUUUAUCGGCCCCCUCUCUGACACCUGGGGCCGCCGUUUCGGAAUUGCCGUCGGCUGCCUGAUUGUCAUUAUGGGCACCAUAGUGCAGGGCACGUCGCACGCCCUCCCUCAAUACCUGGCCGGCCGGUUCUUCCUCGGGUUUGGUGGCUGCAUCGGCAACGCCGCCUGUCCGUCCUACGUCGUCGAGUUUGCCCACCCGGCGUUCCGCGGCGUUAUUACGGGCCUCUAUAACUGCUGCUACUUCCUCGGUGCCAUCCUGGCGGCAGCCACUCUGCGCGGCUGUGUCGAGUACAAAGACAACCGGUCGUGGCUGAUUCCGACGUGGGUUCAGAUCGUCUUUUCGGCCAUCCUUCUGGCCGGCGCCAUCAUCGCGCCCGAGUCGCCGCGGUGGUUGUUCGUGCACGGCAAAGUCGACAAGUGUCGGGAGCUGCUCGUCAAAUACCACGGAAACGACAACCCCAACUCACUGUACGUCGAGCUCGAGAUGCGCGAGUUCGCCGAGGAGCUCGAGCUGGACGGCGCGGACAAGCGCUGGUGGGACUACCGCGUCCUCUUCAACUCCAAGGCAGCGCUGUACCGAGCCAUCCUGUGCGCCGUUGCCGUGUCCGUCUUCAGCCAGUGGACCGGCCAGAACGGCGUGUCCUAUUUCCUGCCUGCGAUGCUGUCGACGACUGGCAUCACCGACACCACGACGGUGCUCAACAUCAACCUGGGCAUCACCAUUGCCAGCGCUGUUGCCGCUUGCACGGGCGCCAGUCUCGUCGACCGGUUCGGCCGCCGCAAGAUGCUCAUCUCCUGCUGUGUCUGCAUGGCCCUGCUGUGGGGCGGCAUGCUCGGCGGCACCGGCGCCUACUACACUCUUGGCAACACGAGCUCGGCCAAGGCCUCCAUUGUUUUUAUUUUCCUGAUUGCCAUUGCCUUCUCCGCCGUCUACACACCGUUCCAGGCCCUCUACCCGGCCGAGGUGCUGUCUUUUGAGCAGCGCGCCAAAGGCAUGGCCCUGCAGAACAUGGCCGGCUCGGCGGCCGGCCUCGUCAACCAGUUUGCGCUGCCCGUCGCCCUCGAGAAGAUUACCUGGAAGACCUACUUCAUCUACCUGGCCACCUGCUCGGCCAUGGCGCUGUACUAUUACUUUGUCAUGGUCGAAACCCGUGGCCGCACGCUUGAGGAGCUGAACGACAUCUUUGAGGCCAAGAAUCCCCGCAAGGCAUCUCGUUCCAAGGAGGAUGUUGACAGCACCCUCUUCGAGGUGCAGGAGAUCAAGGCCUCUGUGUAG